UGCGCGCGCCCGGGAGCCUCGGAGGAGGGCGGCGGCGGCGGCGAUGUACCGGCGGGAGCGGGGGCUGGCGCUGCGCGGGAGCAGCCUGGCGCUCUACAACAACCUGGCCGUCCUGCCGCUGCCCGCCAAGCGCCUCACCUACUUCGCCAGCGUCCACGGCGCCUCCGUCGGGCUGGUCAGCGCCGCGGCGGACGGGACGGGCUGCGCGCACCGCCAGCUGCAGGCCCGCGAGGGCGGCCUCGGGCCCCCCGUCGUCACGCAGGCGGCCUGGUGCGCGCUGCCCUCGCGGACGCUGCUGGUGCUGGCCUCCUGGAAGGGCAUCCAGAUGUACGAGCCCGACGGCUCCGCCAUGGUCUACUGGCACGCGCUGGACGGCAUGGAGGCCUCGGCAGGGAUGCUGCUCUUUGCCAGGGGGAUCGCAGGGACAGGACUGCACUUUGUGUGUGUAGGGACCUCCACCGGUUCCGUCCUCGUCUUUGACGUCCCGUCCAAAGGCACCAACAUCACACUGAGCGAAGUCCUCGAGCAGCACAGCAGCCCCAUCACAGACAUCAGCGCAGAGCUCUGUAAACAGCCGGAGGGAGCUGCGGAUCUGGUGACUGCAGACGACUGUGGGGCGCUGUGUGUUUGGGGCUCUGGAGAGACCUUCAGGCUGAUCACCAAAAUCCCGGCUUCUGACUGCACCUGCUCCUCCGUGAAGCUGUGGAAUGGGAUCAUUGCGGCCGGCUAUGGGAAUGGGGCGAUUCGCCUGUAUGAAGCGGCACAUGGGACCCUGAGAGCCCAAGUCAGCGCUCACGCCCGCUGGAUCUAUGCCCUGGACCUGGCCCCACUCUCCGGGAGGCUGCUGUCUGCCGCCGAGGACUCCUUCGUGCGGGUCUGGGGACUGAGCCACAACGCGGAGACAGACUGCCUGGAGAUCGAGCAUUGCCAUACGGAGUGUGUGACCGACACCCAGAUUUGUGGCGCCCGCUUCUGCAACCCAGAGGGCACGGCCUUCGCCGUCACAGGCUUCGAGCUGACCGAGAUCAUUCUGUACCACCAGGUGUAGCCCUUCGGGGGGCAGGUAGUCGCUAGAAGCAGAGGAAGGACUUCGCUUGGCCAGAGCAGGGCAGGAAGGCACACGAAGGCAGCCCCUGCCUCACCACCCCCGUGCCUGAAAAUGCCCCCCCCCCCCCAAAGGCUCUUUUGACCCAAGCAGGCUUCCCCUGGGGCUCCUGGCACGCGCGGGGCCAGGGCGCCUCCUUUGGCCCCAUAGCUCAGGUGCCCCCUCUGCCAGGGAGAGCCCCACCUGCAGGGAGGGCUGGUGCCGCCUUCUCACUGGCUCCUCUCCUGGCAGCCGAGGGGCAGCUGGGCCUGCAGCUGAGCCCCUCCUGGCGUCCCCCUCCCCUGCCGAGUUCCAGCAUAGCUUGGUUGCUGUUUCAGCCUUUCAGAGCAAGCAGCUAAAUUGUCUAUUUUCCUGAUGAAUAAAACCCAGUUACGUUUGGCUGACAAGAUAGAAAAUCUGCUGC